CCCAAAUUUUCAACAAAUAGUUCAAUUUUUCCUGAUUCAAUCAUCCCAAAUCCCAAGAAAAUCAAUUCUUGCAACAAUUUGGGACGCACCCAAGUUCUUGAAUUUGAGUUUUUGCUGAGCAAAACAGAACAAAAAAAAAACAGAGCACAAACAUGGAUAUACUUUUAACAACUUUAUUAUUUUCAUCAAUCUUGAUUUCAACUCAAUUUUCUACUAGUUAUGGUCAGAAUCAAAAUUGCUCUGCUUUUGCAUUCAGAAAUAACCAAAUAUUUGCAACUUGUAAUCCUCUGCCUCUACUAAACUCUGUUCUUCACUGGAGCUACCAUCCAGAUAACCAUACAGUUGAUCUUGCUUACAGACAUGGAGGUGUACCAAAUACAGAUUGGGUAGCUUGGGGUUUAAAUAUUGAUGGAACAAUGAUGGUUGGUUCACAAUGUUUAGUUGCAUUUAGAAAUUCUAGUGGAGAAAUUCAUGCUUACACUUCCCCUGUUUCUAGUUAUGCUACUCAGUUAACAGAGGGGCCUUUGAGUUUCAAUGUUCCGAGAAUUGAAGCUGAGUAUUCCAACAAUGAGUUCAUUAUUUAUGCGACUUUACAACUUCCUGCUGGAAGGACUAGUUUUAAUCAAGCUUGGCAAAAUGGUGCUGUUUCUGGUCAGGCUUUGACUGCUCAUACUCAAUCUGGUGAUAACAUGAGAUCUUUUGGAAGUGUUGAUUUUGCUAAUGGAGAGUUAGGUGGUGGUGGUAGUUCAGUUACUUCUAGACAACGUAGAAGAAAUGUUCAUGGAGUAUUGAAUGCAGUGAGUUGGGGAGUGUUAAUGCCAAUGGGUGCAGUAUUUGCAAGGUACUUGAAGGUUUUCAAAGCAGCAAAUCCAGCUUGGUUUUAUAUACAUGUUGCUUGUCAAACUUCUGCAUAUAUUGUUGGUGUUGCUGGAUGGGGAACUGGUCUCAAACUUGGCAGUGAUUCUACCGGUAUCGAAUUCACUACUCAUAGGAACAUUGGCAUCACUCUCUUUUGCCUCGGAACUCUUCAGGUAUUUGCUUUGCUUCUGAGGCCAAAGCCAGACCACAAGUACAGAUUAUACUGGAACAUCUACCACCAUGCUGUUGGAUACGCGGUAAUAAGUCUGAGCAUCGCGAAUGUUUUCAAAGGAUUUGAUGCAUUGAAUGGACAGAAGAAUUGGAAGAGGGCUUACACUGGUGUGAUCAUAGCCAUAGGUGCCAUUGCUGUUUUAUUAGAAGCUUUUACUUGGUUCAUUGUCAUUAAAAGGAAAAAAACAGACUCUAACAAGCACACACAAAAUGGAACAAAUGGUACUGUCAAUCCUUAUGGAAAUGGGACUCAUCAACAGGCAUAACUUAAAAAUAUCACUUUGAACAUUUUUGUAUGUUUAUAUGUUUUUUGUUGUUUGGUCAGAUUUUGUCUUUCUUUUUUUUUUAAAUUUUUGCAGAUUGAUAUAUAUUCUUGUAUACAUCAUAUAUGUUGAAAGACCACCUAUUUGUGGUUUUAUUUAUUAUUA